AUGGAGGCUCUGAGAGUACAAUCAUUGGCAGAAAAGGGUGAGAUGUCAGUACCAUCUCAGUACAUACAACCACCGGAAAGCAGAUCACAAAGAGAAAACCCUAACUCUAACCCUAAUCCUAACGUAAAUUCAAUACCAGUAAUUGAUUUUAGUAAUCCAAGAACAAACCUUCUCGAAGAACUUAGAAAAGCGUGCAAAGAAUGGGGAGCAUUUCACGUGAUAAACCAUAGGGUUCCGGUUGGUUUGUUGGAUGAUAUGAGGCGCGUCGGUCGGACUUUCUUUGAAGAGCGUCCGAUGGAAGAGAAGCUUAGGUAUUCAUGCGAUUCUGGUUCUGCUGCUUCUGAAGGAUAUGGCAGUCGCAUGCUCGUAGCGUCCAAUGACACCGUUUUGGACUGGAGAGAUUAUUUCGAUCACCACACUUUGCCCUUAUCUCGUCGCAAUCCUUCUCGUUGGCCUGACUCUCCUGCCGAUUACAGGUUCACUAUUCUCUCUUACCGAGCUGACUCUGAACAAUAUUAG